CAGAGUUGUACCAAUUGCCAGUCAGAUAUUUUUACUGGAAGAUAAUGACACCCACUACACUGGAAGCUGCUGGUAGCAGCUCUGAUUUUGAGACCUGCAUUAAGUUGACUGGUUUCGGGAAAUACAAUUAUUUGAUACUUAUUGUGUCACUGAUGGCAUCACUAGCUCAGCAGUUAAGCAUAUCAGCAAUUUCAUACAUUCUACCAUCUGCAGAAUGUGAGCUUCAACUUUCCCCUGAAGACAAAGGGACUCUCAAUGCAACAGGUUACAUUGGAAUGAUUCUGAGUGCAUACGUGUGGGGAUUUUUAUCAGACACAGUUGGAAGACGUAGGCUUCUAGUAUUUGGUUACUUAUUUGAUGGAGUAUGUAACUUGACUGGAAGCUUUGCUCAAAGUUAUUGGUUUCUUUUUGCAUUUAAAUUGCUGAAUGGAGUAAUAAUGUGUGGACCUCUUUCUGUUCAAAGAACAUAUGAAGCAGAGUUCCACAGUGUUAAAUAUAGAGGAAAACAAAAUUUGUUGGCUGGUAUUUUUAUGUCACUUGCUAAUAUUGUGAUACCAGUUACCCUCAAGAUGUGGUGAUGUGGUUAUCGCUACCGGUUCGAAUCCCGGCCGGUGACCAACAUACUUGAUUGGAGUUUCUUUCCUAUCCCUUGACCUAAUAACUCCUCAUGCAUCCAAAACAAUUGCA